AUGUCAUCAAACCAUCAUGGGUUGUUAGAGAUUGACUUUAAUGUCCUUUUGUACGAUAUUGUUAUUGCUCAUCUUGAUGAUGUUUCAUGGAUCUCUUUCGGAUCCACCUGUAAAUUAUUGUACAACAAAAUAGUAAACAACCCGAAUAUUUGGGAAGAGAAAUUGAAAUUUCAAGAUCAAUAUAUUGAAAGAGCUCUCAAAGAAGAGAAAUUUCUCAAUCACUUCGACGGGAAGGAGGAAUCUAUUGUCCAGAAUUUUCUGAGAGGAUAUCAUCAAUUCCGAUACCACAUGUUUACUCGUUUGGAUUCCAAUAAUAGUAAUUGUUUACUGAAAGACGAAAAAUCAGCAAGCCUUGAACCUUUGAUCAAUGUUUGGAGAAAGAAGAGUAAGGAUCUUCUCUCUCAAAAUCAACAGAUACAAGAGGAUGCUAAAACAUCCAUUAUGAAAAUUCAAUAUUUAUUAUUUAAGAAAUAUAGAUUUUGUAACAUUGUGAGCUAUUCCGAUGAAGCGCACACUGAUGUUUGCAGACAUUUAAAUCAUUCGGUAAUGUCUCUCAAGACUGGAUUUUGGAAAUCCUAUUUUGUGAAUUGUCGACUCAAGCCAAAAGAAGUUUAUUGUUGGUCGAUUUUGUUAACACAAUUCGAUCGGUUACAGUCCAAUAGUUGGUCUAUUUUAGUGGGUGUGGAUUUCAACCAUCGUGAAGCUCCAGAACCAUUGAAUACUUGGCUGAGUUUUGGUUAUUGUAUCAAAUCGAAUGCCAUUGUCAAGCAGUCCUAUACAUCUUACAACGUCUCUGAUCUCAAUCAAGAAGGACAUUUAAUUGGGUUUAAAUGCAUACAUCAAAAAAGCCGUGUGGAUUUUUAUGUAUAUCUAGCGAAUGGUGUCAUCCACCAUUUUGAAUCAAAAGAAGGUAUUGAAGGUAUUUGUCGACCCAUUGUGUCAUUGGUAAAUGGUCAACACAUGGUCAGUAUUUUACCUUGGGAUGGAAAUGUCAGUAGUUUAAAAUUGACCAUUGAAGAUAGUAAUUAA